GAAAUUAGUUAGGUUGUAUGCUUGAUAAAACAAAACUUAGAUUUUUCGCGCAGUUCUGUAUUUUAUUGCAUUUCAGUGAAAUUAGGGAAAUGUUUUAAUUGAAAUGUGUGAAAGUGUGACCAGUAUUUCAGCACAAAUAGAAGUUCUAUCGAAAGAAUUUGAUUUUUUGCCAUCUAUUAUAAGUAUUCUUUCAUCUGCAGACAAGUCAAAGGAAUCCAAAGAUGAGAUUAUCAAAAAAGUGGCAUCGUUUAAAAAUAAGUUAAUUCUAUGCAAAGAAAGUUUAUCUGUGAUGAAUGGUUUGAAUUACAGUCCUGAAGAGCAAGAUGAGUUGUACAAAAAGAAUCUCAAUGAACUUGAUUCUAAAAGAAAGGCUCUUGAGACGUUCCGUUACCUUGACGUUAUUACGAAUUCUCAAGUGAAAAAAGAAAAUGUAUGAAGUUGUAAUAUGCAUAUGAAGUUGUGAUCAAUGU